CGCCGUGUAAAGCAGGAACCAGAGCACGUGGUCUUGUUGUGUAGCUACCACGCGUAAGACGUGGUUAGCUAACUAAAUGGGAUAUCAAGCCGUUUGACUGCGGGACUGCUCCGGACAGUAUGAUAACGCCCGCAUUCGAGUUGAGUCAAGACUCUGACUACCUCACACUGGUUAUCCGCGUCCCCUACACCAGAACAUCCGAAUUUGAUAUCUGCAUUGACGGAAGUGACUUCAAGUUUUACGCCAAACCUUAUUUUCUCAGGUUGAAUUUGCCUGGAAGAAUAGUGCAGGAUGGACGAGAAAAGGCCUCCUUUGACAUUGAUAAAGGUCUUUUCACGAUGCGUGUCCCUAAGGAGAAAGCAGGACAUCACUUCGAGGGCCUGCAGAUGCUAACCUCCCUGUUGGCACCCAAAGGUUCCCGCUCGGCCAAGGCCCUGGUGGAAGACGUGGGGGCAUGCGGUGGGAGCGAGGCAGGCCAGGAGUAUGAAGAUGAAGAGGAGGAGUUUGACUGGCAGGUGGAACAGGAGAUGUAUGUGGCACCCUCGGUGGAAGACCUGCAAAAGCUGCAGAAGUACGGCUUCGGAAACCUAAGGACUGCUGUCUUCUCCAGGCUGCAGGAGGAGCUGUCAGACGUUAUUGACGUCGGCGACCCGGACAACUCCACCCCUACCGCGAGGAGGCGUGAUCGCUUGGAUGCCGAGACCUCCGUGUUCUGCGCCGACCAUUACCUGUGUGACUUGUAUGAAGGCGAAGAGAUGAGACAAGUCUAUCUCAACUUUAAGCCAUGGUGGAGUGAGAUGGCACCUCCCUCUGACAGCCAUGCUGAAAUCACCGUGACUUUCACAGACGAGGAAAAAGAACAAAUGAGAAAGUUCCCAAACCGCUCCCACCUGCUGGAUCCGGCAACUAGACGCACCAUUUGGCUGGGCCUGCUGGACAUCGUCCUCGCCUAUGUGUACGACGUGCGCACUACGAACGGAGAGCACAAUGUGGAGUCUGCGUGGACUAUAAGAAAGCUGAGUGGGACUCUGAGCUGGCUGGAGACAUAUCACUCCGUGCACGAGGUGCUGGUGUCUUUCGGAAGAAGGGUACUCUGCUAUCCACUGCAUCGCCACUUCUCUCUGAUCAUGGCUGCGAUGAGGGACACUGCACACAUAUUCCAGUGUGGCAAGGCCUGCGUCCUGAAAUGCCUGCUGGCUGUCCACAAGGUCUUCAGAGAGAACGAGCCCGCCUACAUCCUCAACGAUCUAUACAUCACAGACUAUUGCGUGUGGAUCCAGCGAGCCAAGUCCAGGCAUGUGGUGGCCCUGGCCGAACCCCUGCGCACAGCCAAGCUGCGCAAGGAGCACCUGGACCUGGAGCUGGACAUCCUGGAGGAAGCCGCCCAUCUUGUGAUGGAGGAUGAGGAGCAAAAGUGGAAAGUCACGGAGGAGGAUGACGAUUGCAAUGGCAGCGAGGAGGAGGAGGAGGAGGAGGAAGACUCCAGCAGCACCGAGGAGGAGGAGGAGGAAGAAGACUCCAGCAGCAGCGAGGAGGAGGAAGAUUCGAGCGGAAACAUGGGAGUGGGGGAGGAAGCGGGCUCUGGUGGUGGCAAGGGGGAGGAGGAUGGCCGCAUCCACACUUUCAGAGAGGAACGAGGGGGAGGAGGGGAAGCAGAAGGGGUUGCCUCCCGACCUCAGCCAGGCCACAGCUCACGCCAGGCAGCCUCGCUGGCUGAACCUUCCCCCCUUGCUCAGGAGCUCCAGUGCGGAGGAAGGGGAGGGCCAGGCGAGCACAGAAGGCUGAUCCAAGAGUUAGGAGUGAGGUUGGAGGAGGGACUUCAAAUCGAGGAGAGCACACUUCUGACAGAAGGGCGCUCCAGGAGCCGUAGCAUAGAGGGAGAGUGUGAGGCACUGAGAAAGGAAUCAACAGUAAGGAAGGACUUGUUAUGCUCUCAGCCACAUAGGAACCCUCUGCGAAUUGUGGAUACCAAGGAACUGGACAGUGACGAUGAGGAUAAUCCAAAUUAGUGAGUGAUAUAACAAGGACGCAGAAAAACGGUGGACAUCAGUGGACUGUAAUUUGAUACUUCUAUGCCAGUACUGAAGAAUAUGUUUUGAAUUGGCUCUUAAAAGGAAACUUAUUGUUGAAAAUACACUUUAAGAAUUAGAUUUUGUCCAGUUUUUUUUUCUAUUGUCCUUGAAAAUAUACAUUAAAUGUUAUGUUUUUUGCACUGAUUUUA